GAGGUGAGGAUGGGAAAGAGAAGUUAGUGCAGUGAAGAGGGGAUGCCGGAGGGCUGCGCCCUCCUCGGUGCCUGCCUUUAUCUCCUCCCUUCGCGUCUCCCCGGGGACGAGUCUCCGCGACUGCCCGCCCCCAAUCCUAGGGCGGAGAACUCACGCAAAAUCCAGGCGCCGCAGCUCCGCGCUCUGGUGGAGGGUCUCCGUCACUGCCCGCUCCUUCCUGCCCUGGAGCGGCCACUCAGGCCCGCUGUUCCGAUCGAGGCCGGUGGCGGGUUUUGCUCCACAAAGAUGAACUGGACUGCCGCGACGUGCUGGGUUCUGCUGCUUGCCGCUGCCUUCCUCUGCGACAGCAGCACAGCCAAGGGCGGCCGCGGAGGGGCACGGGGCAGCGCCCGGGGAGGGGUGCGCGGUGGCACUCGAGGGACCUCAAGGGUGCGCGUGAGGCCCGCGCCCCGCUACGGAGCAUCCUCCCUGCGUGUGGCCGCGGCGGGGCCAGCGGCAGGAGCGGCGGCGGGUCUGGCGGCGGGCUCCAGCUGGAGGAGGGCUGCAGGACCUGCGGAGCGCGGCCUGGACGACGAGGAAGACUGGGUGCCUGGUGGCAACGGGACAGGCCGGAGCUUCUACAGCUAUCGGGCGUGGACUUCAGACGCAGGGCCCACAAAAAGCCGGCACCUCUGCCUGCUGCUGGGUGGCGUCCUCUGCGCCCUGGAGCUGCUGCGGCCCUAGGACCGGCUGGGCUAGGGGACCAGUUCUGGCCCCCAGCCCGCGCUGUCCCCGCAGGUCCCUCAGGCCCUCCCCAGAGGCCAACAGGCGCUGAUCGCCCCUUCCCUCUGCUGCAUGGUGUUUGAGCCCAGGCGUCUUCCUGGGCGAUUCCAGCCAGUGGGGAAUGGAGGUGCAGCCUCUCAUACCAGGGGACUACCUGUCCACAGUACUACCCAUGCUUAUCCUCAACUCCCUAUCUCCCACCCUGCCGGGGACCAGGGACUCUGCCCACUCCAGGAUAUUAGGGUCCAGCCAAAAAGGCAGGCAGCCUGAGACUCCUAUACCAUCUGGCCCCAGUCCAUUCUCCAGAGCUGCCCAAAGGAAGAUGCCAAAAACAGAUAUCCAGGCUGCUCCUACUCCCCUGGCCUGGCUGACCUGGCUUCCUCCCCUGGACAGUGCUGACCACUUCACAGAGAGGCAAUCAUCCAGAUGGACUGCUUCCACCACUAAGGCUCUGGGGAUCAUAGGAGCAUUCCUCACAAAAGCAGCUAAAAUAGACCAAAGGACUUCAGGAUUUGAGGGGAUGGAGAGGGAGUGUUUGCUCAGGUUGUAGUAUGGAAAAUGUCAGGUGCUACCCACCUGCCCGGAAGAGCAGGUCCUGCAGAUUCCACAGCCCACAAACAUUACCAGGCAGGAAAACUGUUCCUUCCCAGGAAUGCUUAUCUUGGUUCUUUGCAGUUCCUAAGAGAACAUGUCCUGCUCACAGGGACUGCCUUGAGCCUUCCCCUUGACUACCCCAUGGGCCACAGCAGUGUACCCACUCUUCUGGGCAGACUCUUUUGUGUUGUCCACUGCCAGGAAGGCUCCCUUCUCCCUUGGAGCCACUUUGCUCCAACAACUUAAAACAAGUCACUUAAUUCUUCAGACCCAUUUCUUGGGGGGAAAAAACACAUUCAAGAGCCUUCCAUUUCCUCUGAAGAUUCUGAGAUGACAGUCUCGCCUGUAUUCAGGGGUACAGCAACUGCCAGUUUCACUGAAGAGCCCUUCCUGGGCACAGCCCAAGCUGUAUGGUUUCCAGAUUUUCCAUCAGGCAGCAACAACUCCCAACGGCUAGCCCUUUCCUCAGAAGCAACUGGACCAAGUCCAGACAGAGGUGUGGUGUGGAUGGCAACAGACGACCUGCUCAACAGGAGCUUGAGUAGGACACACAGACUGCCAUGGCCAACAGCAGAUCCUUGGAAGAAGGCUGACCACAACGGUGGGGCUCAGCACCCAGCAGGUAUGGUCCUACAAGAACAAGCCUUUCAGCAGCAGAACAGCCAUGCAUAAGGCUGAGCUCUUCAGCACCAUCAAGCGUUGUUUGACCACCCAAGGACAUUCUGCGAAUAGUGCAGAUACCCAUAGUGGCUUCAAGGAAACAUCUGACAGUUCUUAUAAAUAUUUGCCUCCAGCACCCAAACUCCUUUGUGAAUAAGACUGGCCUUGUACUUCUCCGGUGCCCACCAACACAGUGCCAUGAGCUUAGCACUGAGUACUCACAGCUCUUUGCUAAGUUCACUAGCUCUCUGAUCAACUAACUCAUUCUAAAGUAGGAUGGGUUUUCCCAGGGCCCUGGUGCCCCACAGCCUUGGGAUCUCACCACCAUCGGUGAGAGCCUCACCCCCGGUGGAGCUGCUCCCCGGUUGUACCCAGAUCUCAAGCUUAUGGACUCAAUUUGUGGACACCAAGGCCUAGAUCAGUGCCUCCUACGGAGCCCUGCUAGCCUCUGUCCAAGCUGGCAUGCAGCUCUGGUCAGGGCGAGAGUUUUGGAGCUACUGGCGCCAACCCUGGACAAAGCAUUUUUCUGCAGAGGCUAGGGCACUAAGCUACAGAAGGCAGCUCCUUGCAGCCUCUCAUCCACACUGCCAGCAUUCUUGGGGCACAGCAAGCCCAGUGCUCCUCCAAUCCUUCCAGACUAAGCUCAAUGCCACCAAAGAUCAGAAAGCCAAGGCCAAGUCCUGUGUGGGGCCUCAAAAGCAAAUGAGAUCCUUCUGCCAUUUCCCCACAGGUAGCAGCAGUUUGGAGUCUCACAGACGGAGUCUCCCAUCAGAGUCCCCUCAGCUUCUAAGCAUCCACCACAGGUAACAGGCUGUGCCAGACCCGAAUGUUCUGGGAGUGAUGGAAACAUCAGACUCUUUGAUGAGUUCAUUUUGCAGACUUCCCUGACUUUAAAAGCCUGUUUAGCCACGAAUGUUUUCAUAAUUCCCACCCUAGUGGUCAGAGUUCCCAGCAAGAGGCAGUUAGUACUCGAGGGUAAUUGCAAGAGAGGUUAAUAAGUGUGCAAGGUGUGGGGAAGCCAUACAGGACUGUUGCAUCUAGAGUAACCAAAAGGCCAGUCCCAGUGAAAGGCAGGAUGCCCACAGCAGAUUACCAGUCCUGUGCAGGAGCCUGGCAGACUCAGGCAACUGUAGGAAGGUCAGCCACCAGUGGACAGAGAUGAGGCCAGAGCUGCUGUCCAGAUCCAGCAGCACCUCCUCAGUCUGUGCCUCUAUCCCAAUGCCCUUUCUCUUCCCUUCCCUAGGAUGCAGGCUGGCAGUGAUGACAUUCCCCAAAUGUAUUCAUGUUCACCAAUGACAAUGUCAGGAAGGGCAUCUGCACCCCUCUCGGCCCCACUGAAGCAGAGUCCCACCAUCCCGUUAGCUAGAAGGUGCUCAGAGGCCUGGGGUCUCUGCUGCCUAUACCAUACAACCCUCUGGCCUGUACACAGCAGAGCUGUGACCAGGGCAGCCUUCAGCCCCCAGGACACUGAGGGAGAGGCCCGUCCUUGGAUUUGGCCUUUGGAAUAUCUUGCCCAUGUUUGUGUACACAUGUAACUGUUGUGAAAUAAACUCUACGCUGGCAGCAAGACUCUUCCUUACUGUCCUACAGCCCCAGUU